AUGUCCUUGAUAGCAAGAGCCGUUCGCGGCGCCGCCAUCUCGGCCCAUGCGGGGCCGUCUCCGAAAUUCGUCGCUCCGACAGCAAUCCGGAAGUUCUCCGCACCGCAACCUCCGCAUCCGCACCGACCGUUCCACAGCACGCAAUCCCGGACUCACACUAGGCCCAAGAACCCCAAGCCAACCGACCAUCCCGCAAACGAGAUCAAGCCGCCUAGGAGUACCAACUUCGGCAGCGGCCGCUUUUCCGACUUCGAUCUGAAAGGCCGGACGUUCAUCGUGACCGGUGGGGCGCAGGGUCUUGGCUUGAGCCUGGCAGAGGCGCUAGUAGAAGCUGGCGGCAAGGUUUACUGUCUUGAUCAGCAAGAAGGGCCCCACGAUGACUACACAGAAGCAUUGAAACGUGUCGUUCCGGAAUGGGGCGGAUCGCUGCACUACAGACAAGCCGAUGUUGUGGAUACCGAGGGUCUCGAUAAGGUCAUCACCGAGAUCGCCGACAAGAACCAGAGACUGGAUGGCGUAAUAGCCGCUGCUGGAAUUAUGCAAAUCACUCCGGCGAUAGACUACACUGUCCCCGAGAUUGAGAAGAUGCUUGCGGUCAACUACACUGGCGUCUUCAUGACUGCGCAAUCUGCAGCUCGCAGCAUGUUCAAGUACAAGAACCACGGCAGCAUCUGCCUAAUCGCGAGCAUGUCAGGACUCGUCGCAAACAUCGGUAUGCUUUCGCCCGCAUACAACUCUUCAAAAGCGGCAGUAAUACAGCUUGCGCGGAACCUGGCAAUGGAAUGGAGUCCGAUGAGGAAAGAUGGCUCUGGAGGCAUCCGAGUUAAUUGCAUCUCCCCCGGUCACAUCUUGACGCCGAUGGUGGAGCAGAACUUCAGGGAAGUGCCGGGUUUGAAGGAGGAGUGGGAGGGCCACAACAUGUUCGGUCGACUCGCCGAAACGACUGAGUUCAAGGGAGCUGGUCUAUUUCUGAUGAGCAAUGCUAGCACGUUCAUGACAGGGAGUCAACUUGUCAUUGACGGUGGUCACACCGCAUGGUAA